AUGACGACUCAAAGUAUUUUGAAGGCACUGUUGACGAGUACGAUUGGCGUCACCUCUCCUACUCCUGUAAUAGUUGGAACAUCUACUUCUACAGCAAAUGCCCUCCUGACCGCAACAUGGGCUAGCGUAUGGAAUUUGAUAAACUCGAAGGAGUACGCAGCUGCGCUUGCGGAGGUAAGGGUCUUUUUUGGGACAAAAGUGGUACCGCAUAUAGAUCGUAAAGUGUGGGUGGAGUUUGCGAUUGUGCUUGGACUAGUGCAGAUUGCAUGGACGGGAGCGCAACAAUUUUUAUGGCCUUCAUCUUCUAACGCGUAGAAGUAGAUGAAAGCCAUCCUAGAAAGUUCAAUUGAAUAAUCGCGUCAUCGCGCUCGGGAUGGCCAUAGACAACAUGGUAGUAUAUAACAGAGUAGUUUAUAGCACGCAUGGUGCAUGGAGUAGCAUGGAGUGCAUGGAGCGCAGAGCUUUAAGGGGCGCAAGAAGUUCCCCCUUUAGCUCCAUGCUACUCCAUGUGAUCCAUGCACUCCAUGCCGUGCGAGCUGUGAAACCUUAAAUAAUAAUUGCUCUGAUAUAAUAAUCAUGAUCAUCAGGACUACUUCUCGAAGGAGUCUCAGCGUCAUCGUUGCCCCUUCGUCUCUCACAACUUUAAUUUCCCUCAAGAAUGACAACGAUGCAUCCGAAAGUCUGCUUUUCGAACGCGAUCGCCGUAGACGUGCCUUUUAUGCUGCCAGAUCGAGGCUUCAAGAUCGAGGAGAGCGUAAGGGAGAUCAUGGUUUGGAGAAAGCAGAAGCAGUCAACAGUUUGGACCAUCUUCCGAACAAGCAGCUCUCCGAAGAGACUUUCCGGUCUCUUGUCGCCAAAAUUCGUUCUCAGGACUGUUCAGGUAUAGCAACGGCCGUACCUAUUCGCUCAGACGUGGACGCUUUGCUGUUGCUACACUUGUUUCGUGACCUGGGAAUUUUGCAUCCAAGUUUAGUUAUGGUAGAAACUAACAGACUACAACUGGCUACAAAAAGUUGUAUUUCACAAAAUAUAACAAGCCGCACUUCUCAGUGCUAUUUCACGACAGGAGGAAACGACAGCUGGCUUACAGUCUUUUAACACAUGUUGACAAAUUGUUCUCCAACAACGAACCGGAGUCGUGAUACGACCACAAGGAUCCACUAUUUGAAUUAAAAAAAAUGAUCCACUAUUUUGAAUUCUUAAUUUAGGUUAUAAGGCGUUAGUAGAGAAGAUACUAUUUAUGAUAUCGUAGUUACCUCAAGCUCAAGUAGAGCAUGCAUUUUUUAUGAUAAUAUCCUAGUUACCUCAAGUAGAGCAUGCUGUCUUAACCUUCCUCGUCUAAUCCCCAUUGGCUCAACGGCGGUUGUCUUCGAAAGCGAACCGAACGCGAGCUGUACAAUGAGGUUGAGAAAUCGGCCCAACGCCUGAUCGAUGAGAUGGAUCCUGGGUUUGUGGAGAAAACCUUUUUACCCCUUCUCUACUUACGGUUAUAAGAUACAAAUAUUGCCAGAAACCCAUCUCUAAGAGUAUGAGUAUCGUUUUGCCCUUUAUUAAUACUGGAAAAGUUGUGGCAAGAGAUACUCAUCUACCUUCUUGCUUCCGUUCUCGUCCUUGAUGAAUUUCAUUAAUCGAUUCAUAUGCUUAUCACUACUACAAGCUAAUAAUCAGUUGUGGUUUAUACGAGAGGGCUGUCAGUACGUCUAAUCCACAGUGGCGACGAAGAUGCGAUCGCGAAAUCAACCCCUUGGUUGCUAGGUUCCUGUAGGAACGCUUGGGCAAGGAUGACGUAUCCGUUUCUGCGGAAAUGCUUUGUCUUUGCGGAGUUGGAGAACCACGAGAGGAAUGGGUUCAGUUCUGCUACUUGUCAGGGGGACCACGACGGUUCGUCUACUGGAGCCGGUGGAGAAGAUGGAAGUGGGGGUCGUGUAGCUGGAGAUGGAAGUUCGGGCCCUGCAGAUAAGUCAUCGUCUACCUCAACGUCUACAACAGUCAACAAUCCUCGACGAUGGAAUUUCGAACGCUUGAAUCCUUGGUGCGUGUGGUUACCCUCAGUAUACGCCUUACACGCAUUCGCAAGAGAUCCUUUUGGUUACAACGAUGCUUUUUGGGCUCUACCCGCGGUAGCGAGAGUUGUAGAUAGAAUGCCCGCUUAUGAAGUUUGUUCCGAUGCAUGCUGGGCAAUCCUUCGUACGUGGCUUCACACUGUGACCGCUUGCGCCGUUGGGUAUACGGCGUUUUACACGGUGCCGUAUUUGCAGCAGCAGUUUUGGACAUCUGCAUCUUCGACUACAUCGACUGGUACCUCGAGUACACCGAUGUCUUCUACACCUGUUGUUGAACAAGUUGGAGACAUUGAUGAAGUAGAUACCUCCACAUCUAGUUGUAGGCCUGAAUCCUACCGCGUCGUAGCACCAGGAGGCCUUCUAUGGCGUACGGCACCUUUGUGGUUUGCUACAGUAGGGGAUCGGGAUUUUCCAAAGUAUGGUGACAUUGUCCUAGGGACAGUGGAGACGUCUGGUGGGCAAUCAUGGCUGCGUGUGUAUACCGACAGGACUGUCACAAGAGCAAGUUCUUCAAGAUUAUGUUGACUUUCGGAAAUUUCCCCCAUCUUCAGAAGCAGCAUCUUGGACCUCCGUGUAAGGGGGAAAGGGGUCCAAGAUGGGUUUCAAGAUGGAUUCCCGAAAGCUCUAACAAGAACAACUUCUCCAUCGGGAAGUGCUGGGGGUAGCUUUUACUUACCAAUCACAUCCUUUUCAGGGAGAAAUACAGAAGCAAAGGAUCUUAUGAUGAGGUUCUUAGAGCCAGUUACAACCACUGAAGCGUGUCGUGCAGCCUAAGGUCAAGAUUUUGAAUGGUGCUGUCAUAGUUCCCACCUGCUCUUUGCAUACGAU